AUGGGGGUACGCCUAGAGGGAGUGUGCUAUGCAAAGAAGGACUAUAACUUGGCAAAGCACCCAGAAAUCGAUGUGCCAAAUCUGCAGGUGGUUAAGCUGAUGUAGAGCAUCAAGUCCAAGGAGUAUGUGAGAGAAACUUUCAUGUACUACUAUUGGUACCUAACCAAUGAUGUUGAGUUUUUGAGGAACUACCUCAAUCUCCCAUAUGAGAUUGUCCCUGCAACUCUAAAGAAGCGGGCCAAGCCUCAUGGUCGCCCCUUGGGCCCAUCUAGUGACCACCCAUGUGGCCCACCUCACUUUGAUGGAGGAGAACGCAGAUUCGAUGACAGGGAUGGGUACCGUUCAGGUCCUUGUGCACCAGGGGGUGAUUUUGGUGACAAGGGUGGAGCACCUAUUAACUACAGACCUUCUUUCGGGGGUAGUAGGCUUGGCUUUGGUCGUGGUGCUGGUGAUCCGGUGGAGCUGGUGGUUUUGGUGCUGGCCUAG